AUGCGAAGUGAGGAACACGAGAUAACUUCAAGUUCUGCAAAUGGAACACCGAUUGCAACGCUGAACGGAGGUGAAAUGAAUUAUCAUGUGUCUCCGGCCAGACAGGCAGCUUAUGAGGCUCUACGGCGGGAAUUGGAACAAGCAAUGCGGAAUCGAGCUACCCUGCGAAACAAGCAUAUUCCAAAAUAUUUUCGCUCACGAGAAGGAGUGCAGUUUCUCAUCCAACAAGGAACACCAACAGCAAUGAAUGUGGUUAACGAGCUUACCUGUCUCCAAGCACUGGAUGUCACCAAUGCAAUUCUUUCAGAAGACAACGGUGCUAAUGCCUCUCCGAUACUGGGCGACGUAUCACGUACUGAGAAAGAAACAAUGUCCAAAGACAGUUCAUUAUCCGACUCAAAACCACCCAAGACUAUCUCGGAAAAGAUUUGUGUUGAACGGAAACUGAAUGUGGCUACUCAUUCGACCCAGAGACGGACGUUACGUGAAAGCAUGUUGAGGAAGCACAAAGCGUUUUUAUAUUACGAUGAGAAUGUAAAGUUAGGCGAGAAACCGCACGUACCACUAGAUGCUAUUGCCCUGGCCAAACACCGUCGAAUUCGUGUUCCAGGUUACUUAUACGCCUGUCGCAGAGAACACUACAAAAUGACGACCGAUUCUUGUGAGGGACUGACCACGAUAAAACCGAACGAGAAACAGGCACGAGUGGAAGACCCGGUUCGUCGACGUCAGUUGUUCACCAGUUUAAUCGGUGGACCAGAAGCCGGUCAGUUAGCUUUGAGGCUUACGCGAGGACUUCGGCUGAGACCAUGUCGUGUCGACUGCGGUUAUCUGAGACCCGGUAGCGUUCGCCAGUUUAUCGUUCGACUGAUCAACUGGGGUCCGGAAACUGCUUGGUUUCGUGUUCGAUCUCCACCGACCCCAGAAAGUGGAAUUCAAGUAUUUUAUAAACCGGGUCCUGUUCCAGCAGGCUUAUCCCGGGCCAUACGCGUCCAAGUACAGGCGGUGCAGCCGGAGAAGGAACAAAGUACACUUGAUCACGAGAAGCAUUCGGUGACUUUGCGAAUAGAGUCACCAGUAGAAGGUGCUGGCAGUGAAUGUGAAGACAUGAAAACUGUUUUCUUCGGCCGUACCAUUACACUGGAGACGGAUACUCAUAUAAUUCGUUUACCAAUAACGGGUCGAAUAAUACAAAACUAA